UCGGAUUGAUGAUCGCGAACGUAAAUAAGAGGACCAGCCUCUCCUCACGUGGCGGUCAUCAGCAGGACCUUGGUUACAGCAAGUGAUUUUUCCCUCGAUUGUCCUCGCCCCCUCAAUCACUCAACAACAUCAAGCGAUUAUAUAAAUUAGUGAUACCAUACUGAAGCCAAAAAAGUUUUUUUCUUCCACAAACGAUGGCAAGUGACAGCGGAGAAGAGUAUUCGGAUACAGAGUACUCGGACAUAGAUGAGCGAGAAGCCAAUGAGGAGAAUGAUUCAGACGUUGAGCUGCAAGAGGCAUUUUCGAGAGGAGAGCUGAAACCAGGUCUCCACGUCCUCAAUGAGAAAGUAAUUAAAGAGUUUAAAAAUGAUGUGAAUGGCUUGAAGCAAAAGUUAGCAGAGUUUAAACUUUCUCUGCCUUGGACUGAACGGUUUGAUAUUACCAAUCCCCCUGCACCCCUAGCACCAGAGCUUGAUGCAGAGAUUGUGGAACAUGCACAGACAAGACAAAAGCGCAUGAAAAGCCAGAAUAAGCAUUUCACCCUUGAGGAUGACCCAGUGCAUAAUGACUUCACCCGAGAAAUGACAUUCUACAGACAAGCACAGGCAGCGGUUAUGGAUGGCUUUGAACGCCUCGGUAGCCUUGGCCUCCCAACUCUCAGACCAAAUGAUUACUUUGCUCAGAUGGCAAAGAGUGAUGAACAUAUGCAGAAGGUUCGAAAAAGACUGAUGCAAAAACAAGUGGGACAACAAAUUAGUGAGCGAGUCAAGAAGAUUCGUGAAAUUAAGAAGUAUGGAAAGAAGGUUCAAGUAGAAGUUGAACAACAGAAGCACAAGGAAAAACGGGAAAUGUUGGAAAAGAUCAAGAAGUUCCGAAAGGGCAAAACAGAUACUAUAGAUUUCUUGGAGGAUGGUGCUCCACUGCGCGAAGGAGGUAGCAAGACGAAAUCUCAGCUCAAAAAGGACAUGAAGCGGUAAGAUGGUACAACUUGUACUAAAC